AUGAAGACAUGUUACUAUGAGCUUUUAGAGGUCGAGCCCACGGCAUCAGACUUGGAGCUCAAAAAGGCUUUUCGUAAAAAAGCCCUUCAAUUGCAUCCAGACAAAAAUCCCCACGAUAUCGAGGGAGCCAAUGCUAGAUUUGGCUUGGUGAGAGCAGCAUACGAGGUUCUAUCUGAUCCCCAGGAGAGAGCGUGGUACGAUAGUCACAAAUCCCAAAUACUCCGAGAAGAUGAGGACUACGACGAUGACUCAUUUGUGCCUGAUAUGGUUGUUCCCAGCAUAUCGGUUGAAGAGCUUCUACGAUACUUUAAUCCGUCCUUCUACCAAAGACAGGACGACUCGUUAGCUGGAUUCUACAGCGUUGCAUCAAGAGUAUUUGAAAAACUAGCAUCUGAAGAGGUGGCUCAUGCAAAAUACCAGCAGAUCAAGUCCCACAUGAAAUAUAUGGACGACUCGCCCAACGUGAAUGCGCUAGAUGAGUGUGUGCUUUUGUUCCCAAGAUUUGGCAACUCACAUAGCGACUUCGCCUCAGCGGUUAAACCGUUUUACACUGCCUGGAGCGGGUUUCUGACGGUCAAGUCGUUCUCGUGGGUCGAUCAGUACAGGUACCUGGCGGCACCAGAUAGGAGGACAAGAAGGCUCAUGGAGAAAGAGAACAAGAAAGCUCGUGACAAUGCAAGGAAAGAGUACAACGAAACCGUUAGGCGGUUUGUCAGCUUCAUAAAGAAGCGAGACGAAAGAGUCAAGAAAGGGGCAGAGAAAUAUGAAGCGUCUAGAAAGAAACAGCAUCGCGAGAACUUGGAAAGACAAGCCAAGCAACAGCGAGUGAAGCAGCUUGCAGAAAUGAGCAAUUACAACGUUCAGGACUGGCAGCGCUAUGGUGUUGAGGAUCUAGAUGAGUUGGAGGCUACAUUAAAAGCUGAGUACGAGUUGGAGAGUGAGCAGUCUACAGACAGUGAAUUCGAUGAUUUUGCUGAUGCCAACGAGAACAUCUUCGAGUGCGUGGCUUGUGAUAAGGUUUUCAAGUCACAGAACCAGAUGGAUGCACAUGAGAGAUCUAAGAAGCACAAACAGGCAGUCCAAGAGCUCCGAGAGGAGUUAUUGAGAGAAGGAGUAGAGUUAGGGUUUGAUGAUCAAGGUGACGACGCUUCAUCUAUAGAGGAAAGCGUCAAUAAUGAAGCCAAUGGUGGGGAUCAGAAUGAAAGCGUCCAUGAGUCUAAUGCUAGUGAGACUAAUGGCAUCGAGGACCAGGAGAAUUUACAUAAUCUAUUAGUUGACGAUGACAUCGACAGCGACUACAAAUCUGAAAUUGAGAGUGGCGCUACUGAAGCGCAAGCCAGAUCCCGUUCUAGAAGAACUGCGAAGAAUCAGAAGUCUCUCGACGAUGAACUUGCACAACUCGCAAGCGGCAUGAAGAUCGAAGACGACGACGACGAUUGGGGCACAAAGAAGGGAAAGGGCGGCAAGAAGAAAAAGAAGCAAGAACCUUCAAAUCUGAACACACCAACCCCAGCUCCUCAAGCACAAGAUACCUACUCUGGACCUAAAAGAGUACCCAACGGAGCAGAGAAGUGUGUUGUCUGUGACGAAAUGUUCACGUCCAGGAACAAGUUGUUUCAACAUGUAAACAACACAGGUCAUGCUGCCCCUGUGACCAAGGUCAAAAAGAAAAAAGGAAAGGGUAAGAAAUAG